AGAUGUGAGUGCAACUUUUUACCCUGAUCUUUCAAUUUUGACAUAAAAUGUAUGAAAAUUAUCUCAAAUUUGACAUUUGUUGCCCUUGGAGCCUUUGGAACGCAACCAACCCCAAGCUGACAGCUGGAGACUUGAUGUUGAUUGACGUUCUUGUACAUUACAUUCGUCAACAAUUUUCAUAAUACUUACCUGUGACGACUACUACUCUUUAUAGUAUUGUAUCGGGCUCAAAUUAAUUAGGAAUAUAAUUAUUCAACCAAAAUGAGGAUCACGAACGUAAGACGCGGCAGGAUCUAUCGAAUGGGAGCAGCCUGUGGCGUUCUUAUACUUUUGAUCUAUGCUUUACAUAAAUGGUCUAGUGAAAAUGUUCUGAACUAUUCGAAUGAUGCAUUACUUCCUGAAUCAGAAGUUGGCUACUAUAAAUUCCAUCGUGAAGUUUAUCCAACAUUAAAAACAGAUCUUGGAAAUUUUGAACCAAGAGAUUUAAGGAAAGUUAGUGGCCCAGGAGAGGAGGGUAAGCCUUAUCACAUGUCUCCAGAUAGAGCUAACGACAUAUCCGAAUCAGAGAGUGAAUAUGGCAUGAAUAUUGCAGCAUCAGAUGAUAUUGCCAUGAACAGGUCCAUACCAGAUACCAGACUAGACGAAUGCAAGUACUGGCACUACCCAGAGGAUCUGCCCAAAACAUCUGUGAUAAUAGUUUUCCAUAAUGAAGGGUUCACAGUGCUCAUGAGAACAGUUCACACGGUUAUAGAUAGAUCGCCUCCCAAUAUACUCCAUGAAAUUGUACUGGUGGACGACUACUCAGACAAAGAAAACUUGAAAAGUAACUUGGAUGAGUACAUUAAACGUUUUAAAGGGAAAGUGAGAUUAAUCAGAAACGCGCAUAGGGAAGGUUUGAUUAGGACGAGAUCUAGGGGCGCGCAAGAAGCCACUGGUGACGUAAUCGUAUUCUUAGACGCCCACUGCGAGGUGAACGUCAAUUGGCUGCCUCCCCUACUAGCACCAAUAUAUCGGGACUACAGAAUCAUGACAGUACCAGUCAUAGACGGAAUCGACCACAGAACCUUUGAAUACAGACCUGUAUACCAACACGGGAUCAACUAUAGAGGCAUAUUCGAAUGGGGCAUGCUUUACAAAGAGAACGAGGUGCCUGAUAGAGAAGCGAACAGGCACAAACACAAAUCGGAGCCUUAUAAGAGCCCGACUCAUGCAGGAGGUCUGUUCGCCAUAAACAGGAAGUACUUUCUAGAAAUCGGCGCUUACGACCCCGGUCUUUUAGUAUGGGGGGGAGAAAACUUUGAGUUGAGCUUCAAAAUCUGGCAAUGCGGAGGCAGCAUUGAAUGGGUGCCUUGCUCUAGGGUUGGCCAUGUGUACCGCGCUUUCAUGCCCUACUCGUUCGGUAAUCUAGCCAAAAAUCGAAAAGGUUCGUUAAUCACCAUCAAUUAUAAGAGAGUGAUUGAAACUUGGUUCGAUGAGGAACACAAAGAGUAUUUCUACACGAGAGAGCCGAUGGCCAGAUUCCUUGAUAUGGGUGAUAUUACUGAUCAGGUUGCCUUGAAAGAGAAGCUCAAGUGCAAAAGCUUCAGUUGGUUCAUGGAAAACGUAGCGUACGACGUUUACGACAAAUUUCCAAAGUUACCGAAGAACGUGCACUGGGGAAUGGUGAAGAAUAAGGCUACUGGCGUCUGCUUAGACACGAUGGGUAAAGCUGCGCCGGCUUAUAUAGGUACGUCUACGUGCCACGGGUCUGGCAACAGUCAGCUGUUCCGACUAAACGAGGCGGGACAGCUGGGUGUUGGUGAACGUUGCGUUGAAGCGGACUCGCAGAACGUGAAGCAGGCCAUAUGUCGGCUCGGCACCGUAGAUGGACCGUGGAGGUACGAUGAAGAAUCUCAUCAAUUAAUACAUCGGCUGCACGGCUUUUGCCUCACGCUUCAACCGCACUCUAGAACGUUGGGCCUCGCGCCCUGCGACCCCAACAACACCUACCAACAGUGGACCAUAUCCCACAAGAAGCCUAAUUGGUGAGCCCACGCCACUAACUAUAGGUAUACAUCCAGUAAAAGAUAAUUUUAGGUAAAAUUGUACUUCUUGGGCCUGGGAGUAGGGGGCCGUUCAAGUAUUACGUAAGCACUAUAAAUAAAUAUUUCCAACACUCA